CCUACGACUGACGUCACGAUAAGCACCAGUCAGCUGACAAAAUGAAACAGUCACGAGUCUCAACAUGGCUUUCAGCAAUGUCCGGAUUGUUUUGGUGUAUUCUCUUGCGUUAACUACCCAGAUAACAUGUGCUUCACCUCGCACAUUCAGCAUAGACUACCAGAACGACUGCUUCCUCAAAGAUGGAGAGCCAUUUCGCUACAUCUCCGGCAGCAUCCACUACAGCCGCAUUCCCCAGAUCUACUGGAAAGACAGGCUGCUCAAGAUGUACAUGGCAGGCCUGAAUACCAUCCAGACGUACAUUCCAUGGAACUUCCAUGAGCCUGCUCCUAACCAUUACAACUUCAGUGGAGACAGGGACCUGGAGCACUUCCUCCACCUGGCGCAGGAAGUGGGCCUCUUGGUCAUUCUUCGACCGGGACCAUACAUAUGCGCAGAAUGGGACAUGGGAGGCCUUCCAGCCUGGCUGCUCAACAAGAAAGAUAUAGUGCUUCGCUCCUCUGAUGCAGAUUACAUUGCCGCAGUGGAUAAAUGGAUGGGGAAACUACUCCCUAUGAUCAAACCUUUCCUCUAUCAGAAAGGAGGGCCCAUCAUUACAGUACAGGUGGAAAAUGAGUAUGGUAGUUACUUUGCAUGUGACUACAAUUAUCUGCGCCAUCUCACUCAACUGUUCCGCUCUCACCUGGGUCAGGAAGUGGUGCUGUUCACCACAGAUGGUGCAGGGGUGGGGUACCUGCGCUGUGGGGCCCUGCAGGGCAUCUAUGCUACCGUUGACUUUGGGCCAGGUGGGAAUGUGUCUGCAGCCUUUGCUGCUCAGAGAUAUGCUGAGCCUCAUGGGCCUCUGGUUAAUUCUGAGUUCUACACUGGCUGGCUUGACCACUGGGGGGGACACCAUUCUGUUGUGUCCUCUGCAAUUGUGGCAAAGUCUCUCAAUGAAAUCCUGGCAAUGGGAGCCAACGUUAAUAUGUACAUGUUUAUUGGAGGAACAAACUUUGGAUACUGGAAUGGAGCCAACACUCCCUACGCCCCCCAGCCGACCAGCUAUGACUACGACGCCCCUCUCAGCGAGGCAGGGGAUCUCACUGACAAGUACUUUGCCAUCCGCGACGUGAUUAAAAUGUACAAUAAGAUACCAGAGGGACCAGUUCCUCCAUCCACACCAAAAUAUGCAUACGGAUUGGUGAAAAUGACUAAGCUCCAGACUGUGUCGGACGCAGUGGACUUGCUGUCUUUCUCGGGGCCUGUUAAAAGCACCUUCCCUCUGAGCUUCUCUGAGAUGAAGCAGUACUUUGGAUUCCUGCUGUAUCGGACCAAAAUUCCUGUGGACUGCAGCAUUCCUACACCCCUGUCCUCCCCACUCAAUGGGGUGCAUGACCGUGCCUAUGUGUCUGUUAACGGGGUCGCAGCUGGUAUCCUUGAGAGAGAUAAGUCCAUAAGCAUUAACAUUACUGGGAAGGCGGGGAGUCAGGUUGACAUACUGGUGGAGAACAUGGGACGAGUCAAUUAUGGGAAGGACAUCAAUGACUUCAAGGGCCUGAUAUCCAACCUGACCCUGGGCUCAGAGGUGCUGAGGAACUGGAUGAUUUACAGCCUGUCUAUUGAUGAAGCUGUGAGCAAAGGCCUCCUCCAUGCAGGAGCAUCCCAGGGGACCCCCUCGUCCGCAGACCCCUCCACUCCAGUCUUCUACACCGGCAGCUUCAGCAUUCCCUCCGGAAUCCCAGACCUGCCUCAGGACACCUACAUCCAGUUUCCUAAUUGGGGGAAGGGUCAAUUGUGGAUCAAUGGCUUCAACUUGGGUCGGUACUGGCCUAGCAGAGGGCCUCAGGUGACCCUGUUUGUGCCGGUUCAUGUCCUUAGCACGGCCGCGCCCAACAAUGUGACGGUGCUGGAGCUGGAGAGCGCACCCUGCAGCCAGGGAGCCUGUACGGUGGAGUUCACAUGCACCCCCAUCCUGAGCGGCAAAGGCACACACGGGUGGGGGCUCUUCAACAAAGAGGAUCUCUCCUGAUCAUUGCACAGCACUGCACAGCAAAAACAUCACUAAACACCUCUAAAAAACAGCAGCAAAACACCACUACACAACAGCAGCAAUACAGCACGACAUUACACAGAAAAACACCACUAAUCACCACUAAACAACUGCGAUACAACACAACAUUGCACAGUAAAAACACCACUAAACAACAGCAGUGAUACAACACAACAUUGCACAGCGGAACACCUCUACACAACAGCAGCAGAACACCACUACACAACAGCAGCAAUACAAAACAAACAUUGCACGGCAGAACAUUGCUACACAACAGCAGCAAUACAACACAACAUUGUACAGCAAAUCACCACUACACGACAGCAGCAGUACAACACAACAUUGCACAGCAGAACACCACUACACAGCAGCAGCAAUACAACACAACAUUGCACAGCAAAACACCACUACACAACAGCAGCAAUACAACACAACAUUGCACAGCAGAACACCACUACACAACAGCAGAAACACAACACAACAUUGCACAGCAGAACACCACUACACAACAGCAGAAAUACAACACAACCUUGCACAGCAGAACACCACUACACAACAGCAGCAAUACAACACAACAUUGCACAGCAGAACACCACUACACAACAGCAGAAACACAACACAACAUUGCACAGCAGAACAUCACUACACAACAGCAGCAAUACAACACAACAUUGCACAGCAGAACACCACUACACAACAACAGCAAUACAACACAACAUUGCACAGCAGAACACCACUACACAACAGCAGCAAUACAGCACAACAUUGCACAGCAGAACACCAUUACACAACAGCAGCGAUACAACACAGCAUUGCACAGCAUAAUACCACUGCAUAACUACUGCAACAGCAGCAACACAGGAAAACAACAGCAGUGCAGAACACUGUAUGCCUUUUCCUGAGCAUAGUUCCUCUUCUGCAUCAAUGAUGUCCUUAAUUGAUGAUAUAUAGAAAAUGCUCGCACACUGAUAUUAAACAAAGGAAUGUCUACACUGAGGUUUAAGGAUGAAAAAAUCUCAAAUAUGUAAUGGUCCAUAGUGCUGUACAAAUCAAAUGUGUCACCAAAAAGGUGUAGGGUGAGAAAAAAAGAAAGAAACGUUUUGGUAAGAUACCUUCUUCAGUAUGCCGUAAAGCUUUUCCUAUUUGAUCUGAGACAGCUACGGCAGUGAAAUGCGUUUUCACUGUGAUUGCUUUAUAUUAAAAUCAACUCAGGGCAUAACUUGCACAUCUUAAUAUGUGAGUGCUUAUCUGGUGGAUGCUGUAUAUUUAAAGGGAUUUGUUUUGUCUUUCACCAUUCUCACAGAUUUUCUGCAUCACAUUCAGUUAAGAAAGUCUCCAUUAAAAUCAUGUCAUGGCAGAUCAUAUGACUAUGCUCCAUAAGACCCUGAGUUCAUGAACAUUACUGUAUGCACAUUAUAAUUGGUUGGCAAAGACCUUGGGGAAAAGGUAUUUUGCGGGAUACGAGUGUGAAAAAACUUGACUGAGGUCUAUAUGGUCUCUUAACUUUGAAGGUGUUGGUAUCAGCUUUAGUUGUAUAUGUUUUUUAUUUCUUCUUAAUCAUUUGGGUUGUAGCCUAUUGCUUGCUAUAAAGAUAAGCAGAAAGUGAAUGUGCUUUUUUGGAGGGAAUUUCAGAAAUUAUGGUGAAAUUGGUAAAAUGCAUAGUUUUACAGAAUUAACAAGAGAAUUAACCCAUUAACAGAAAAUAUGUUUUUGGUGGAUCAUAUCCUCAUUAAAGUCAUAGAAAUCCCUUUCUUAAAGCCAGAAAUCUCCACCCUAUCAGGGUGAAUGUGUUUACUUUUGUGAUGUAUGUACAUAUAUCAAAUCUUUUUGUAACUUUUGCACAAAUGGAGGGUGGUUUUAAAAUGUUUUCUGAGGAUUUUUGAAUGUAAUUUUUAGCAUGUGUAUGGUGAAUUUAUUUGUAUGGCUACUGUUGGCAUACCAGACACAAUCUUGUCCAGACUUGAAAGGCAUUGCCGGUACAGUCUGUACCGAAGAACAGGUCUAUGUUGGCCAUAGGCUCAAUCAGCUUUUUUUUGGUUUUAUACCCAAUCAGUCCGGUUUGUAAAUUGUCACUUUCUGUCCUUUUUAAUGGUGCAUGGCAGCAACUGAAAUAAAUCAGUUUGAUUUUA